GCCCCUCCAGACCUGAGCGCGGGCCCGGCCGGCCCAGGCGGCGAUGGGGCUCCUGCGGCUGCUGCUCCUGGCCCUGCUGGUGUCGGGUCGCGUGGGGGCCGGCGGGGCUGAGACGAUCGGGAACUCCAGCCAGGGUUUUCUUGAAUUUUCUGUUGGGAAAUUUAGAUACUUCCAGCUCAACAAACCUUUUCCGCAGGAAGCCAUUUUGCAUCAUAUUUCAAGCAAUGUGACUUUUCUCAUAUUCCAGAUACACUCGCAGUAUCAGAAUACCACAGUUUCUUACUCGAGGACUGUCCGUCCCGGUACUUCAGGAACGGGCAGUGACAAAGGACUGGUUUCCAUUCUGAGACCAGAGCAGAGCGUGUGCACUUGGUACCUGGAGUCUGUCGAUGCAAAGCCCGUCCAAAGCGUGGCCAUUCCGCUCUCCUACUCGGAAAGAGAUCCUAUCCCUGGAGGCUGUAACUUGGAGUUUGAUUUAGAUAUUGAUCCCAACAUUUAUUUGGAGUAUAAUUUCUUUGAAACAACUAUCAAAUUUGCCCCAGCAAACCUGGGCUAUGCAAGAGACGCACCUCCUCUGCCGUGUGACGCUGGGACGGGCCAGGAGUUUAGGUGGAGGUUGCAGUAUGAUGUGUACCAGUAUUUUCUGCCUGAGAAUGACCUCACAGAGGAUGUGCUGCUGCAGCACCUGCAGAAAAUGGCCCAGGUGGCCCAGGUGAAGGCCAAUGCUGUGAAGGUGGUGACCCUAACAGCUAAUGAUAAGACAAGUGUUUCCUUCUCCUCCCUGCCGGGACAAGGGGUCAUUUAUAAUGUCAUUGUUUGGGACCCGCUCCUAAAUACCUCUGCUGCUUACGUUCCUGCCCACACAUAUGCUUGCAGAUUUGAGGCGUCAGAAGGCAGCUGUGCCUCCCUUGGAAGAGUAUCUACCAAAGUGUUCUUCACUCUUUUUGCCCUGCUUGGGCUCUUCAUUUGCUUCUUUGGACACAGAUUCUGGAAAACAGAAUUAUUCUUCAUAGGCUUUAUCUUCAUGGGAUUCUUCUUUUACAUACUGAUUACAAGACUGACACUUCUUAAGUAUGACGUUCGCCUGAUCCUGACAGCCGCAGUGGGCAGCGUUGGCGGAGCUUCCCUGGUGGCCAUCUGGUGGCGAUUUGGGGCCCUCGGGCUGUGCGUGCUGUGUGCGGGGCUUGUCCUGGGCUUCCUCGUCUCCGCGGCGGCUUUCUUCACUCCUCUGGGAAACCUGAAGGUUUUUCGUGAUGAUGGUGUGUUCUGGGUGACUUUCUCUUGCAUCGCUAUCUUCAUUCCAGUGGUUUUCUUGGGCUGCCUAAGAAUACUGAACAUCCUGACCUGCGGGGUCGUUGGCUCCUACUCGGUGGUUUUGGCUGUUGACAGUUACAUGUACACAAGCCUUGCCUACAUCACUCUGAACGUUCUCAGGAGAGCACUCAACACAGAUUUCCGCAGAGCUUUCACAAAUGUGCCUUCUCAAACUAAUGAUACGAAGAGAAAGAGGGCGACCGCUUUUCCCGCCUCACCCGUACAAGUUGUGGAAGCAAGAGAGAGAGCGCCGAAUAACGAACAUUCUGGAUCCCAGCUACCACAUCCCUCCUUUGAGAGAAAGGCUCUAUGGCAGAUUAACCCAGAUCAAAGACCUCUUCCAGAAGGAGCAGCCUGCAGGAGAGAGGACACCCCUGCUUCUGUAGAGGGCUGUGGGCUUGGUCAGGGAAGCUCAGCUCUGGAGUUCAUGCCCACAUGCAAUCCUAACGUGGUCCAGCUCGGCAUGAUAUUAUGGUGUCCUUAGUGAUUUAUGGUGAUAUAUUAAUAUAUGCCUAAUACACUGGGCAGUUAGGAUGAUUUUUAGUCGGUGAGGGAGAAAGACGACCAAAAAGUUGGUGGUAGGGAGGCUUUUCCUUAUGCCAAUUACUGAAGAAAUUAUCUUUUGGUUUAUAAAUAUAUGAACAAUAUAUUCCACUAAGUACAGCAAAAGUUCAAAAAUGAAAAACAGUGGUUCCUCCCCUGGUGUUUCUAAGUCUGAAUAAGUCCCUCCUCUGACUCCGUCUAAACUUGGGGAGGGGGAGGUAUUUAAGUAUUAUACUGGAUAUUAGCCUGUUUGCAGACGUAGGGAUUUAUUUGGAGCCCUUGAAUGUCAGAACAUAAAAAGAGAAGUAACUUUUUAUAUAUAAGUAAUCUGAUUACUUGGUUGCAUGUUCUCUUAAUCAACAAGGUACCUUUGUUUCAAUAUUUAAAAUUUUUUAAUUGGGUAAAAUACACAUUAAACUUAACAAUUUAUUUUUAAUGUACAAUUCAGUGGGAUCCCUUUGUUUUUGCCUUUCAUUGCUUAAAAUGCUAACUUUUCAAGUGGUUAAAUCCCUUCAGUUAUUUGAAAACAGGUCAAGUCUACAUAGAUAAUAGAAUGUUUAUGUAGAUAAUUUAUUUCUAUUCCAAAUAAUGGGCUUGUUUUGUUUUUUUUUUUCCAAGGUCUUUUAAGAUAGUGUUUAAACUGCAUUAGGUGACAUGGAUUGUUUCAUUUCUAGGAACUAAGUUGACCCCCCAGCCUUAAUGUAUAGUGCCAUUAACAACCUUAAAAAAAUUCACACUUCAUCCUUCUUUUUGCUAGAGUAACUGUGUCAGCAUUAAUGGAGUUUUAAUGACUGCUUUCCUGUCAUUCAAACCUGCACCCUGCGUUUUGAAGGGAUGAGGACAUGAGGACGCAGUCUUCAUGGAUAUUGGGCAUGGCCUGCUUUUUUUGUUUUUGUUUUUGUUUUUCUUCUGGUACCAGGCAUUGAACUCACGACCUUGCGCUUGCCAGGCAGGCGCUGUGCCGCUGAGCUAAAUCCCCAGCCCCAAGCAUGGCCUGCUUUUAAAUCAGGGCCAGUUUGGAUUCUUCUGUAAGGAGGGUCCCCUCUGUUUAAUAUCCUUGUUUCAUCGCAAGAAAGACCCUGGCAGCCCCGGGAUACAUUCCUUCAGCUCACUGCUCUUUCUUACCUGAGAGACCACUGGAUUGGAAGCCACUUCCUCCAGGCUGGGGUGGUUUGUGACCAUAGCACA